AUCCCAGUCUCCCUGACACCUAUUCCAUGGGGGCGUUAGUCUAACUUCUCACGGAUCAGCUAGAUUCUCUGUAAAUGCAGUCUGUGCUCCAGCAAUACGAGGUAGGUAAGUGACAGACCGGCUUAGCCAUGAACUCCCCCUCCACCCCCAGCCCUGCACACAUCUGUGUGAAUUAGUUCUACAUGCUGAGAUCAAAGCCAGCCUGCACUGCAACAUCCUCACUUCUAUCUCCAUCUGAAUUCUCUGUUCUGUAAAUCACAAACCAUGUUUCCAUUUUGUCAGAUCUCUUUGUCAGGCACUGAGGUAGAUUCGGUAAUGUAACAAUUUGCAGAAUCCCACUUAAUGCUACUUUUCUCUCUAGGCUGACUCACCAGUGACUGAACAUCUAGCCAUACAGUGCAGAGUACUGCAUCCACUAUAUUGCACUUUGUAGAAGCUGUGAUCAGGAUCAAUUUGUGCCUUCAGCACCCUGGACAGUCCCUGCACCUCAUCUCCUGUGCGGAUCUGCUACAGUGUAUCUGAUUCAGGACCCUGGACAGCUCUGUGUGCGUCUGAUCUGUGGAGACUUGUAUCACAGCACGGAGUCCACUUCAGCACUCUGGACAGCUCCUGUAUAUCUCCCAUGCGAAUUACAGACACUUUGGGGUCUUCUGUGUAAGAGGACUCAGGUCCCAGGCUGUGACCACUUAAAAGACAAACGAUUUGGAUAGCUGGGGCCGUUCUCAAAAUCAACUCACCAAAAAGCAUGGAUUUCAUAGGAGACACCACUAUCCUAGGACUGCAACUAUUCAUUCUUCUUUUAUGUAGGUAUUUCUUCUUAUUAAAACUGUUAUUAUUGUGCUGUUAUAAAUUACACAGUGAUAAAGGGAAUGUAUGGAUUCCAGAGUUCUGCAUAAUUUAUAUUAAAUACUGAUGGAAUCUUUGUUUAUUAAACCAGCAGGGCAGUGGAUUUCCACUGACUGAGCUGAUUAGUGUAGAAGUAACUGCAUACUUCUGUCUACUUGUGGUUUGAAUGGAGGUGACUGCAGGGUUGCUUAGCACUGUUUGAUUUAAAACUCAUGGUGAGAAUUCUCUUUAUCAGGUAUGAUGGGUCAUAAUGCUGCCGAACAAGAAGUCGAGAAUCUCUCUGGCCUGUCUAGUAAUCCUGAAAAAAAUAUAUUUGCCAUUCGAGAAAACGGGACAACGUGUCUAAUGGCUGAAUUUUCUGCUAGAAUCCUUGUACCCUAUGAAGUACCUUCCAGCAAUGAAGUGGAUGUGAGUCCUUAUUUACUAUAAGAGCAGUAACUGACUGUUUGUUCACAUAUUGCAUGUUGUGUGGAACUGUUUCUGCCAGUAGGUAAUCUUUAAAAAUUCAAAUGUUGACAUGUGUUUUAAAUGCCUGUGUUGCUAGGUAAAACUAUAGAAAAUGUAAUCAAUUCUGAGUUGCAUGCUCUAUUAAUCUCAUAAAAUGUCUCUUAUAGUCCACUGUAUCUCUGGUUACUCUAUCUAGAAUGAAUGAACACUCAGUAUAUGAGAUAUAGCUAUAUUCAGAUCUCAUUGUGUUUUGUGUGGCUAUAUGUGUGUCAUAGUGGAAUCCAGAAGAAGCGAACAUUCAGUUGCCGAGAGAUACGGAUAUAAAAGGAAAAUGUUGGAGUAAUGAGUCCGAGCUACAUUUGUCCUGGGCAGACAAUGCUUAUACUCUAAAGCUGUUUUUCCUGAAGGUAAUUAAACAUGCAAUUAAUUUUGUGUAAAUCAAGCAUGGACAAACUUAAUGAUGUUUUCUGAUUACAUUGAUUGUGAAUAAUAUCCUCUAAGGAACUCAAUGUAUAUAAACAAUAUUGGACAAAAUAAACUUGUUUUCAUCAUUUUUUUCUUGAAAUAGACUGAAUUUUCCCACUAAUUUUCACUGAAAUUCUAAAUUAUAAUUCCAUCCUCCAGUUAUUCCAAUAUAUACUUCUAUGAAGAGCUGGAAAUUUGGUUUCCAGUAGUAGUCAAAGAAUCCAAAAACAUUUCACAUAUGUUUCAAAUGUGACAAAUAACUAGAAUUUAUCUGAAUCUUCACUUAAAUUAUCUUCAAAUUGGCAGGAUUUAGAAUUUCACUGUAUGAAUUCUUCCCUUAUUUGUUUUACAAACAGGAUGAUCCAAUGAAACCUUAUUCCAAUAACUGGAAAAUAAAUAAAGUCCAGUUUUCCUACGAUGUUUCAGAGCGCACAAAUUUCAAAACUGGAGCAAGACGUGAGUAUUUAAACCCUAUAAUUUUGACACUUAAUUACAAUUUUCUUGCAAGAUUGUGGAUUCCACUAAUACCUAGUUAAUGCCUACUACUUCAAAGUCAAUUCUCACCCCCAUACCGUGGGCACAUACAUACAACACAUCAUAUAAUGUUAAACCAGGCCUGCUUGGCUUAGAAUGAUUUAUGUUGCUGUUAAAACAAAUAUCUCUGCUUAAUUUGUGAAACCCCACAAUUACUGUAUUAGCACAGGAGGGGAUUUGGAGGGGGUGGGGGGGGGGUGGAAGAAGAAAAUAGGAGCUUAUAUGGCCAGAUGAAACAUUAGCUGCAGUCGCUGACUCAUUUUUGCAGUCGACUGCUGACGUAUCACUGCCAGAUGUUCAUCUAUUGCUGGCUACAAUGCAGCUCUCUCUUUACUAACUGAGCUUUUCCAUCUGUCUAUAUGUGAGGUGUAUAGUAUGUCCAUGUCCUGUCUCUGCAUUAUAUGAUAUAAUCUUUAAAAUCCACAGUGGUAUCAGCAUUCUUCUGAAGUGCUUAUGGUUGCACAGUUACAUUACAUCUUUUGUGUGCCAGUGGAAUAAACACACAUGUAGCAUACAAGGGGUUAACCACCUGCAGACACUUUGAUUUCAAAGAACAAAACACCACCCAUCAGGUGCAACCAGCCGAAUUCAAUCCAGAAUGAUGUCCCUAUGAAAUGUGAAACCAGUUAUAUUGUUGUAAUGUCAUACUGUUUUCUGUUGAUAAUUGCUAUCUGUUGUUGUUAUUUUAAUUCAUGAUAUAUUUGUUAUAAAAUAAAGGUGUUUUGAUAUAUUUAAAGUUUUUUUGAAAAUGUUAUUUAUUUAUUUUUAAAGUCAUAUCUUAUAAAUUAUAGUAGGUAAUACAAAUGAAAAACAAGCGAUAAACAGAUUGUUGCUUGCCAUGGCGGAGUUAGUACAAUUUCAAUUUAGAAUUUUUGUGGUUCAAUAUUUCAACUGAUUACAUUUUGCAAUUCCCUCUUAUUGAUGGUAGUUUGCAAAUGAUUAAAAGCUGAUUCUUUGUUCUUUCAUAGUUACGUAUUGAAGCUUUAAUACAAUUAUGUAUAUUUUUUUAGCUGGGAGGCACACUGCAAGCAGGCAACACCUUUCCCUUAUGGUGACACCAAUUGGAAUGUCCUAUGAAUGUGAAGCCACCGAAAGGAUCAGUCUAACCUCUACUGAUCAAAAAAAAACUGUGACUUUGUUCCUCUCUAAUGUACACAUUCAGCCAUUUGAUAUCCAGAGAGAUUUUGUCUACAGCGAAGGUACAGUAUUUUAUAGUACUAUGAAUGUCAUCAAUCUUUUUCAUUGAGCCUGUUCGAUUCUGUUCCUAUGCCUUGUAUACGAAAUACAGACUAUUCAAUAUUUUUAAUUUAGGAUUUAUUAUGAUAGUAAUGUCAUUAAUCUAGGUAAAACACAAUGUAAGUGAAGAAGCUAAUUUACAUGUUUUCCAAAACAAUUAACAUAUGAAAACUGAAAUCUUUUCAUCCCAUUGUUGCAACCAUCUAAAUAGGUUCUUGUUCAAUCAAGUGCUACGAAAAGUCUAAUAAUUCAUUGGAUGGAAAUCACUUGGGUCCACUUAAUGCCUCGUGUGAUUUUCAAGUAAAUGCUCUUUAUGCAAUUGUUGAUUAGGUUUUGUAAUGUAUCUUAAUGAACACUAUCACAAAGAUCUAAACAAAUAGAGUAUAAAGUUGACAAGAAAAAGCAAUAAUGUUUAUGUUACAAUGAGAAAAAUUACCGAAGGGAGAAAAAAUAUUCCAAGCCGUAAAUGAUCAGAGCAUCAUUACAUUAAUUUUCAAAUAGCAGGAACAGUAUGGCACAAAAAAGGACUUGACUGAAAAUUUUGUAAACUGGAAUUCAAUGACCAGGUCGAUAGGACAUUGAUCAUAUCCCAGAGAGAGUCAUUGGAUGGAGCUAGACUGGCUGAGACUGGAGAAAUAGUCUAUGGGACAGCUAUAGCCAAUAUGCUGAUAGAUGGUGAUGCAUCUUUGAUAGUGUUUAAGCAGUGGCAGAACUACCGCUGGUGUAGCUGCAUCAGGGUCUGCAUGAUUAGGGGGCCCCUCGGUGUUGCUGAACAAGAGGUGUCAAUCAGGUGCUGCAACCUUUUAACAGCAAAACAGGCCCCUGUAAUCUUAGUAGCCUGGGAGGUAGCGAGAGCAGGUCACUGCCUCCCAGCUACAUAGAGAGCACUAUGCCCUACACUACACUCAGACUCAGCCAGCAGCAAGACCUCAGGGAAGCCCCCUGUGCACAUAAAUUAUAUGUUAGGAGACUGGAUAAAAAUAUAGGAAUUAUGAUAUGUGUGCCUAUCUAUAUGUAUUUGUCAGUGUGUAUCUGCAUAUCAGUCUGUGCAUGUGUCAGUGUGUGUAUCUAUGUGUAUGUCACUGUGUUUAUAUGUGUGUGUCUGUGUGUUUAUAUCUAUGCAUCUGUGUAUGUUGGUGAGUAUAUGUGUGUGUCUGUGUGUAUGCAUGCAUCAGUUUGUGUCAGUGUAUGUAUCUGUAUCACUGUGUUUAUAUGUGUGUGUCUAUGUGUCAGUGUGUGUAUAUAUGUGUAUGUCAGUGAGGAAAUGUGUGUGCCUGUGUGUAUGUAUGCAUCAGUGUCUAUUAGUGUGUGUGUGUGUGUGUCACUGUGUCAGGGUGUGUAUCUGUGUGUAUGUCAGUGUGUUUAUAUGUGUGUAUCAGUGUGUGUGUGUGUGUGUCUAAGUAUACGUCAGUGAGUAUAUGUGCGUGUCUAAGUGUAUGCAAGCAUCAAUGUGUAUCACUGUGUGUGCCAAUGUGUCAGUGCAUGUAUCUGUGUGUGUGUCAAUGCGUAUCUGUGUAAAUAUGUACAGUAUCUCACAAAAGUGAGUACAUCCUUCACAUUUUUGUAAAUAUUUUAUUAUAUUUUUUCAUGUGACAGCACUGAAGAAAUGACACUCUGUUACAAUGUAAAGUAGUAAGUGUACAGCCUGUAUAACAGUGUAAAUGUGACUCGUUAGUGUUACAAGGUCUCAGGUGUGAAUGGGGAGCAGGUGUGCUAAAUUUGGUGUUAUCGCUCUCACACUCUCUUAUACUGGUCAGUAUUGUUGCUCUACAUAAAGAUGACCUAGACUAUAAGAAGAUUGCCAAGACCCUGAAACUGAGCUGCAGCACUGUGGGCAAGACCAUACAGUGGUUUUAUAGGACAGGUUCCACUCAGAACAGGCCUCGCCAUGGUCGACCAAAGAAGUUGAGUGCACAUGCUCAGCAUCAUAUUCAGAGAUUGUCUUUGGGAAAUAGACAUAUGACUGCUGGCAGCAUUGCUGCAGAGGUUGGAGGGGUUAGGGGUCAGCCUGUAAGUGCUCAGACCAUACGCCGCACACUGCAUCAAAUUGGUCUGCAUGACUGGGGUCCCAGAAGGAAGCCUCUUCUAAAAAUGAAGCACAAGAAAGCCCGCAAAUAGUUUGCUGAAGACAAGCAGUCUAAGGACAUAGAUUACUGGAACCAUGUCCUGUGGUCCAAUGAGACCAAGAUAAACUUAUUUGGUUUUAGAUGGUGUCAAGCGUGUGUGGCGGCAACCAGGUGAGGAGUACAGACAAGUGCACCACAAGUCAAGCAUGGUGUUGGUAGUGUCAUGGUCUGGGCCUACAAGAGUGCUGCCGGCACUGGGGAGCUACAGUUCAUUGAGGUGACCAUGAAUACCAACAUGUACUUCGACAUACUGAACUAGAGCAUGAUCCUCUCCUUUCGGAGACUGGGCUGCAAGGCAGUAUUCCGACAAGAUAACUACCCCAAACACCCCAAACACACCUUCUAGAUGACCACUGAUUUGCAAAAGAAGCUGAAUGUAAAGGUGAUGGACUGGCCAAGCAUGUCUCCAGGAUUACCCUAUUAAUCAUCUGUGGGGCAUCCACAAAGGGAAGGUGGGGGAGCGCAUGGUCUCUAAAAUCCACCAGCUCUUUGAUGUCAUUAUGAAGGAGUGGAAGAGGACUCCAAUGGCAACCUGUGAAGCUCUGGUGGACUCCAUGCCCAUGAGGGUUAAGGCAGUGCUGGAAAAUAAUGGUGGCCACACAAAAUAUUCACACUUUAGGCCCAAUUUGGACAUUUCCCCUUAGAAUGUACUCACUUUUGUCGCCAAGGGCUUAGACAUUAAUGGCCGUGUGUUGAGUUAUUUUGAGGGGACAGCAAAUUUACACUGUUAUACAGGCUGUACAGUUACUACUUUACAUUGUAGCAGAGUGUAAUUUCUUCAGUGUUGUCACAUUAAAAAAUAUAAUAAAAUAUUUACAAAAAUGUGAGGGGUGUACUCAGUUUUGUGAGAUACUGUAUGUGUGCGUAAAUGAGCAUACAUGCCAGCAAUCAAAUGGCAAUACUACAUGCAAAAACACUCAUGAAAUCAAAUGCCAACAUUAUAUCCAAAUGUAUCCCUUCAUCCAAACACCAAUAUUACAUAUAAAUGUACACACGCAUUCAAAAGCUAACAAUACAUACAAACACACCCCUUUAUUCAAACACAAACAUUACAUAGAGGUACACCACUGCAUUCCAAUAACAACAGUACAUAUUAAUAAACCCCUACAUGCACACACAUAUACUCAAUACAAAAACAUGAUUACAUUCAAACGCACAAGCACUGCUCACAACUGCUGCAAGGAUGGACUCAUGGUAGGUCCCUAGCUUACAUUGCAUUGUGGGAACUGUAUGACUGUUGGGAAUCUCGCACUGGAGGGGGACUCAAAAAAGAUUCUUGCACCAGGGCCCUCUUCCACCACUGUGUUUAAGAUAGCGGUGUAGUACUUUGAUAGUGUUUUAGAUAUGUGGUGGUGUUUUUUUUUUAAAGUGUUCUACACAUGUGGUGUAGUGCUUUCAUAGUAUUUUAUAAACGGGGUGUAGUGCUUUCAUAGUAUUUUAUAUAUGGGGUGUAGUGUUUUGAUAGUGUUUAUUAUAUGGUAUAUGGAUGGGGUGUAGUGUUUUGAUACUGGUUUAGAUAUGGGGUGUAAUGUUUUGAUAGUGUGUUAGAUAUGGGAUGUAAUCUUUUGAUACUGGUUUAGAUAUGGGGUGUAAUGUUUUGAUACUGGUUUAGAUAUAGAGUGUAGUGUUUUGAUACUGGUUUAGAUAAGCAGUGUCCUUUUUUUGAUAGUAUUUUAAAUAUGCAAUAUUGUUUUGUGAUAGUAUUUUAGAUAAGCAGUGUAGUUUUUUGAUAGUAUUUUCCAUUGAUAGUGGUUUAUGUAAGGAGUGUGGUGCUUUGAUAGUGGUUUAUGUAAGGACUCUGGUUUCUUUGAUAGUGGUUUAUGUAAGGAGUGUGGUUUCUUUGAUAGUUGUUGUUACUCCUGUGUCUGUCUCCCUCCAAGUCCACGGUGCUACCAUCAGCUCCACCAUGCAGGCUCGCUGCCUAGGUGUUCUCUUUGUCUCCGACCUCUCCUUCAAGCCUCAUGUUCAGUAUAUCGCCAAAUCCUGCCAUUUCCAUCUCAAAAACAUUGCGUGCAUCUGCCCCUACUUAACGCCUGAUGCGACUAAGGUGCUGGUCCAUUCCACUGUCCUUUUUCGCCUUGACUACUGUAAUCCGCUUCUCAGUGGUCUUACGUGCUCCCAACUUGCACCAUUACAGUCCAUAAUGAAUGCGGGGGCGAGACUCAUCUUCCUGUCCACCCGCACCUCCCACGCCUCACCCUUCUGUCAGUCCCUACAUUGGCUUCCUAUAAGAUAUAGAGCUCAAUUUAAAAUUCUGGUUCUUGCUUUCAAAUUUCUACUUAAUGCUGCUCCCACCUAUCUAUCCUCCCUUAUACAUAAGUAUGUCCCGUCUGGGCCCUUACGAUCUGCUGAAGACUUACGUCUAUCUUCUGUCCGUACUCCCACCUCUGAUGCUUGCCUUCAAGAUUUCUCGAGGGCUGCACUGUUCCUGUGGAACUCACUUCCCUCCUCCGUUAGAUGCUCACCCAGUCUCCACUCCUUCAAAAAAUCUUUAAAAACCCACUUCUUUAUAAAAGCAUAUCAAUUGAACUGUUAAUAGCUCCCGACUGAUUCCUCUUCUGCAACUGUCACUAGUCUAAUACUAUCCUUACCUUUUUGUGUCAUUUUACCCCACUCCCUCUAGCAUGUAAGCUCAUUGAGCAGGGCCCUUAACCCCUCUGUUCCUGUGUGUCCAACUUGUCUGGUUACAACUACAUGUCUGUUCGUCCACCCAUUGUAAAGCGCUGCGGAAUUUGAUGGUGCUAUAUAAAUAACAUAAUAAUAAUUAUCAUAAUAGUGGUUUAUGUAAUGAGUGUGGUACGUUGAUAGAGGUUUAUGUAAGGAGUGUGGUUUAUCUGAUAGUGGUUUAUGUAAUGAGUGUAGUCCUUUUUGUAUUUGAGGUCGGGAUGACCCAAUCUUAACUCAUGAGUAUGUUAUUAAUUCUGAGUACCUCCAUGUGGUAAGCACCAAGGUCUCACUUUAUGUGUGGCAUAAUUAUCCUGGGAAUUGGUUAAUGUAUCGUCCAGGUGGAAACAAGAAUCCAGUUGCUUAACAAGUGACACAAAUUUGAGCGUAACCAAACUUUUUUAAAAAGUAAUUAUUGUCCUCUUCUGCAUCCAGUUAGUGAUAAUGCAUAGCUUGCACUAUUAAUGGUAGCAUGAAAUAUGCAUGUAUCUUGUGUGCAAGUUCUCAGCUUUUGUCAAAGCAGGGCUAGCGUAAGGUGUUGUCCACAUAUAAGGGUCCUAUUUGGUACACAGACUAAAAAAAUGUAAAUUACAUUUAUUGCUUUUAAACCUUGUUGCCUGGACAGCGCCUUUCUUGGUGAUCCCAAAAUGGACAAAUGCAACAGUGAUCAAUCGGUCUAUCCGUCAUAUGUUUACAUUGUACAUCUUGGAGCAUCUACUGCAUUACAUUGUCCGGAUAUUCUAGAUAAAGUAUGCAUUAUAAAGAAACUAGGAUCUGCAAAGGAUUCAUGUAACUUAUUUUAAAAAUAACCUGUGUGUCACGGUUCCCGGCAUUUCUGCUUAGUUUGAGUGCAGCCACGCCGUCAGAGAUGUUUUUAACUUACCUUGGGCUCGGCGGGCAGCUACCUGGGCUCCCUCCAUUCCGGUCCCCAGCGGGUGCAACAUUCAUAGGGAUGCUGGCCCCUGCAGAUCUGACUUUUAUAAGAAACUUACCUUCAUUCACCUCAAAUAUGGCGCCGACGUGCGUGCAGCUUCACGUCAUAGAUGCACACUCAUGUUUUGGGGUCAGAAGUCCGAGACAGCCAAUUACAGCCUAAGGAGGGUUAUUUAAACACAAAUUACCUUUUUGACAGUGCUCUGUCAUGGUUUCCACUAGCUGGUUAUCUGAGAGUGUGUUUCUGAUGGCCUUUUUCUGGUAUUUGACUUUGGCUUCGUUUUGACUUCCCUAAUUUCUGGUAUCCUAGACUUCUGGCUUUCCUCAUCGUUGUGUCUCAUUCUGUGUCCCUGACCUCGGCAAGUAUUUUGACUAUUCUGCGGUAUGUUAAGUCCGGACAUUAUAAGGUCCAGUUAGACGUUAUCCUUAGUCCUAGGUGUGAUACUAUUCUGCGUUCUGGAUCAACUAUAAUCCUGACACUGUGGAACAGAAACAACCUUCAAAAUAUUUUAUAAAAUUGUCCUCGUGAUGUAGGUAAAUGUGUAGGUGAAUAAUCCAAAACCAGAAAGCAGUGUUGCACUGAUACUUAAUGUACAGCAAUAUUUCAGGAAAAACAUGUCUACUAAAAGGAAAUUUAAAAAACAUAUAGUGCAGACCAUCUGAUAUAAUUUAAGUAAGGAGCAUACACAAAAUAGACAUAUGUAGAGAACACACACAUGUCCCAUAACCCUAUCAACUGUUUCUCUGGGUAACUGAGGCUUCUUGGAGAGAACAAAUCCCAUGAAUUGAUAUCCAGAAUGGCAGUAAAAUCUUCUUAUUAAAAAUUGCACAGUAUAGGAGACACAAGCAGGGACAGGAACCCCCAAUGGCACAGUAUACCAAAUGAUUUAUUAGCACACAGAUAAAAUUAUGCGUACUUGCAUAAAAGUGGGUAUGCACAGCAGAAAAUCCACAUAAAUUCUAAAAGUCUCUUCUCCAAUAUUAAAAUAAAACAGCAAUUCAAAAAUAAAACACCUUAUACUUAAAAAAUAUUCUUAUAAAACAUAAUAUACAUAUAGAAAUAUAUAUCUUACAGAACUGUAAAAUCAUCCAAAGUAAUGCUGUUUAAAAGAGUGUAUUUUAUAUAUAUUUACAUAUAUUUCUAACCACUCUAUUUACAAAUGGUGACUUAUAGGGGAUUAUAGUCUGUGUUUACAAAUAAUAAAAUAUUACCCACAAGUAAGCUUAUUUAAAAAAAAAGAGAGAGAGAGUUCACAUUUUCCAUACCAAAAAAGGAAAAAUGAAAAAUCCCAAUUUAAUUUUAUUGGCAUCAUGAGGUGGCAGAGCCAGGAACCGGAGCUAUCGGAACACAGGAAUCACUUUCUUGUUUACUAGCGUUUUUAAAAGACUUUAGUGUUUAUGUGGGUUUUCUGCUGUGUAUACACACUUUUAUGCAAGUACGCAUCAUUUUAUCUGUGUGCUAAUAAAACAUUUAUUUUACUGUGCAGUUGGGAGUUACUGUCCCUGGUUGUGUCUCCUAUACUGUGCAAUUCUAAAUAAGAUUUUAUAUUUUCUCUUGUAAGCUUUUUUUCUGACAUAUAUUGUUUGUUAAAUAUCAGCACGACACUGUUUUCUGGUUUUGCAUUGUACUCACUGUGUGGGUGAGUGCUGCUGGAGGGGGUACACACUUUCUAGUUAAUGUAGGUGAAUAAGUUUGGCCUUAUUUAUUUCACAAAGCUAAUAAUCAGCAUACAGAUAUUAUCUCGGACACCCCAUCGGUCUGAGAAUAGAAUUCUUUCUUAUCUCCUGGUUGUCUGUUUGUCACUGUUAGUGCAUACAUUAUACUUAUCUCACAUUACAUGAUUAAAUAUGCAAGCUGGGAGCAAGCUAGUGGCAGUGGCAUAUAUAUUCUUACGAACAGAAGGUUUAUAAUCCAAAGCUACAUUAGUAAAAUCAUUUUUAUACACGCUGGUGGAGAGUCCUUUAUAAUUGCAUUUGUAGUAAACCUUUUAUCCUAUAAAUACACAAUGAGAUUUUAUUAAAUCCUUAAUAAGUGAUGAUAAUCACAACAUUCCAACCAAGAAAGGCCGCAGGUGUAGAAAAAGAGAGAACAACAGAAGUAGUGCAUGAUUUGUUUAAAUAGUUACCAACACAAAGUUGAAAAGUUCUAAAAUUGGAGCAAUCACCAUUGAAACCAGAAGAAUCAGCAGGAACAAUCAGUUGUUUUUCAACGUUAUUGCUCCACUUUUAUAGAUCUGUCCCUCAUUUCUGUUAGCGACACAUUUAACAUUUUCUCUAACUGACUAAAGUCAAUUGAAAUUUCAACACAAGAGGAAUAUAUCAUGAGACAAAAUAGCAACUGAUAUGUCUUGAACAGCUAUUUUUUGAUAUGAUACACAACAGAUUCUUAUUACGGCUGCAAAAGAAGAUCAUCUGGGCUUCAUGCAAGCAUAUCUUACUUUAUCACCUUGGUGGGUCCUCUUAAAAAAAAUGCAAAGACCCUAAAAGUGACAAUGCCACUUUAACAACCAAGAUUGAAUUGUUUUUUGCAAUACAACUGUAGGUGUAGAAAAGUCUUUAAGAGGCCAGCAAUGACCCUGCAAGAAAUCUAGCAUAUAAAUAAAUGCUGUAGAUUCUUUGUCAAAUCUGUGCCUUCUGAUAUUUAUUUAUAAAAUAUUUUACCAGGAAAGAUACAUUGAGAUUUCUAUCAUUUUCAAGUAUGUCCUGGGUCCACAAAACAUUGCAUUGUUACAUUAGGGUACAAUAAAAUAAAAAAACAAUAUUAAUACACAAUAUAUACAAAAUUUAACAUAGAACAGGUAGGAAAUAUAUAAUCAAUCAUGAUAGGGGCAUUCUGUUUUGAGAUAUGUAGAGAGGGAUCUCUUAAAGGACUUUAGGCUUGGAGAAGAUUUGAAAGUGUGCGGGAGGUCGUUCCACAAUUGCGGUGCUCUGUAGGAGGAGGAGGAGGAUCUGGGUGCUUUCUUUUUGUAUUGAGGUAGACUAAAUAAUCAGUUUUGGCAAAUAGACUAAGGGGAUUAAUGGAGCAUAUAAUCAAAAAUGAUCAAAUUGGUUUCGUACAAGGUAGAGAUCCGGUAGAUAAUUCUAGAAGAUUACUGGAUCUGAUAGAUGCAUCUGGAAGAAAUAAUAAACCUUUAUUUGUAUUGGCUGUAGAUGCCGAGAAAGCUUUCGACAGGGUCGGUUGGGAUUUUUUAAGGAUAACUAUGGAAAAAUUUGGAAUCCAGGGUAGGAUGCUUAAUGCUAUUUUAGCUCUAUACGAAGGUCCAAAAGCAAGAACAGUGGCUCCAAAUAUAUGUUCAGAGUGGUUUACAUUAAAAAAUGGCACGAGACAGGGUUGUCCUCUGUCGCCUAUAUUAUAUAUUAUGACAAUGGAGAUUUUAGCUACCAAUAUUAGAGAUAACCCUCGAAUUAAAGGAUUUAGAUACAGAGAGACAGAAUUUAAAUUGAAUCUAUAUGCGGAUGACUUGAUUUUGACCCUAACCGACCCUGUCGAAUCGCUUAGUGCCUUAAUGGAAGAGAUAGACAAAUACAGUUUGAUUUCAAAUUAUAAAAUAAAUACAACGAAGUCUACUUUUUUAGCUAUAAAUAUUUCUAGAGACUCUAUCCAACAGAUUAAAAAUAAAUAUAAAUUUAACUGUGAUAAAAACAGGUUAUCCUAUUUAGGUAUAGUGAUUUCUGAUGAUUCAAAAGAUACGGUACAAACAAAUUUCUUGAAAACAUUUAGAUCGACACAUGAGUCACUAAAAAGAUGGAGACAAACUGAAUUAUCUUGGUGGGGUAGAAUCAAUUUGGUAAACUCGUACUUACUCCCUAAAUGGUCCUACUUAUUUCGCAUGAUCCCUUUGAGAAUGCCACAACCAUGGUUAUCUAUGAUACAACGAGACAUAAACAAUUUUAUAUGGAAAGGAAAAAGGCCGAGGAUGAAUAAGCAUCUUUUGAUGCAGAAGAGUAGGAAAGGAGGGAUAAAUUUCCCAAAUGUCAACAUAAUCUACUUAGCUAAUAUGAUGUUUCAUAUAUAUAAGACACAAUUAUUAAGUUCAGAGGAAGCUGGAUGGUACCAAUUAGAAAUGGAGAUGGUAGAAAUGGAAAAUUUGAUAUGGUUAACUAAUCAAGACGAAAGGAUUAAAAAGGCCUGUACUCUUAAUAAUUGCUUGAAAUCCAUUCUAAUGGAGUGGGAAAAGCUUAGGAUUAAUAGCGGAAUCCGCAAUAAAAUAUUGGGAAACUUUAACCUCAGUAUUAUACAACUAAGGAUGAAAGAUUUAAAUAUUAGUGAAUGGACAAGGAGAGGUAUUGUUUAUAUAAAUCAAAUAAUAACGGGAGAUAAAAUUAAAUCUUUCGAAAAUCUGAUAAAAGAAUUUUCAUUAUCUAGGAAAGAGUGGUAUAAUUAUCUAAGAAUCAGAAGCUUUAUUAAACAGUUUUUAUUACACCGACCUACAGCGGGUAUAGAAAACCUGAUAGUUUUAUUAAGAAAUGAGAGGGUAACGCAAAUAGUCUCAAAGGCAAGGACUGUUCUUCUUCAACUCGAAGCACCAAAUUUGAAUGUAAAUAUUCAAAAAUGGAGUAAAGAGUUAAAUGUACAGAUUCUAAAGUCUGAAUGGGACCAAGUAUUAUACCAAACAAGUAAAAUAAUCCAUUGUUUGAAUCUUCUUGAGGUAUUAUUUAAAUUAAUGAACCGCUGGUAUUUAGUUCCCACCAGACUGUCCAAAAUGUACACUUCUAAUUCCCCACUGUGUUGGAGAUGCAAUGACAAAGAGGGGACUUUUGGACAUAUAUGGUGGGACUGUAGUAAGGUAAAAAUUCUGUGGUUUAUGGCUUUUGAGUCAUUGGAGUAUAUUACAGAAACAAAAAUCCCUAGAGGCCACCAGAAUGGUCUAUUUCACUUAAAUCUGCAAUCACUCCUCUUUAAGAACAAAUUUAUAUAUGUCCAUUUUGUAGCAGCAAUAAAAAUAAUAAUCGCAAGGAAUUGGAAGAGUAGCGCAAAUUUUACGCAUGCUCAGUUGUAUUCACAAGUCCAAUAUCAAUUAACCAUGGAAGCCUUGGGAUACCAGUCAAUAAAAAUUAGAGAUGUUAGCAAUUUCUGGAAAGAAAAAAUGGAGAGUCUGAUUAGAUAAAACCCUGGACAAAAUUAAUAGAAUAAUGUGCGUUUUUUCAUCUUUUCCUUUCCAUUUCCUUUAAGGUAGUAAGAUAGAGGUGCCACUGUAUUACCCCAAGUAGAGUCUGCAAUACAAGUCUGUUUUUGUAUGUUUGUUAAGUACAUCAUACUAAUGAAUCCUAGUAAAGCCAACUACUUAAUAAAAUUAAUAAUAGAUAGUGAAGAAGGAUGACUAUUAUGGGAGACGAAACUUUAAUCUUAGAAGGACGGUUGGACGGAAAUUUUUGUCAUGCCCAUUGUUUUUGUUAUUUUGGUAUAUGGAUUUGUUUAAAGAAUAUAAUAUAAUUUAGUAAAGAAAUAAGUAACAAUAGUGUAAACACAUGAUAAUGAGCAAUAUUUAAUAUAUAUGUAUAUAUGUAAUACUACAUGUCCUAUUUAAUUAGUGCUAAAUGUUUACAUUUGCUAAUGUUUUUCUAUAUUAGUAUGGAUGUUGCUAAUGUUUCGUAUGUUUUUGUAAAGGAAAAUUGAAAUAAAUAAAUUAUGUCAAAAAAAAGAGGUAGACUAAAUAAAGUGCAGAUACUGGAUCGGAGGGUAUAGGAGGUGGGAACAGCCGGGGAGAGCAUUCUACUCAGGUAGGGUGGGAGCUUCCCAGAAAAGCUCUUAAACACGAGGCUGGAAAGAUGAAGGGUGCGUCUGGAUUCCAGCGACAGUCAGUUUAGUUAUUUUAGAAUGUCACAAUGGUGGGUCAUGUAAUUACAUUGUAGCACAAAGCUGCAGCAUGAGUUAUACAAUGUGUUGAGUUUAUUAAUGUGUAAUUGCGGUGCAGGUGCAUAUACUGCAUCCCCAUAAUCAAUGAUUGGCAUCCGCAUUUGCUGUACAAUCUUUUCCUUUACUGUAGGGCUGAUAUAUUGUUGCGGAUACCUGUGUUCCAGUAUGUGUCUAAACAGGUCAUCAUGGCAACUACUUAUUAACGUUCCCUACCAGGGAUGGGAAUCCACUGCAGCACAAUGUGGAUCCAGAGAUUACUACUUCUAUCAUACAGUGCAGGCUGAUUUUCUGAAUUGUUUCUCAGCCAACAUCACAGUAAAUACAUCACGGUAAUAUACUAAACAGGGAUUUGUAGCUUGGCACUAAACAGAAAUCUAAUGCUCCCAGUUUAGUGAAUUCACCAAUAUUUUGUAAUUCUAAAAAGCACCUUGAGGUAUUUAACACAAACAAAUGAUAAUUUCCUAUAAAAAUGAAAGAGACCAGGACCAUCCACCUGACAUAGUGUGUUAUUUGUAUUAGCAUGUACCUACCAUAGUUAUUGCCUUGUGAAUUUUUACAGUUCUUUUAAAGGAACACUAUACAGUCAGCUACACACACAUAUAUUCCUGACCCUACAGUGUUAAAAUCACUAUCUAGCCCCCUGGCCUCCCUAAAUAUAGAAACAUCUUACAUUUAUUCAAGUCUGCUGCUGCUGGCUCUGCUCCUGAUCUGCCUCCUUAGCUGACAUCAUCAGAAGUGGUGAUCCCAGCCAAUCACAAUGAUUUUCCAUAGAAAAGCAUUGGAUUGACUGAGAUUGCCAAGGAUGUGGACCAGGGGCAGUGUCAAACACAGCCCUGGCCAAUCAGCAUCUCCUCAUAGAGAUGCAUUGAAUCAAUGCAUCUCCAUGAGGAAAGUUCAGUGUCUCCAUGUAGAGGGUGGAGACAUUGAAUGUCAGUCACACUGUGCUGCACAUUCCCAGAAGCCAUCUGAGGAGUGGCCAGUGGCGUUAUCACAAGGCUGUAAUGUAAACACUGCCUGUCUGUCUGAAGAGACAGUGUUUACUGCAAAAAGCCUGCAGGGACUGACUAUACUCACCAGAACCAUACAUUAAGCUGUAGUUGUUCUGGUGACUAUAGUGUCCCUUUAAUGCUGACUAUGACCAUUGUAACCAGCAUUAAAGAUGACAAAGCCUAUUUAAUGCUAACAAGUGAAAAUCCAAAGAGAAUUUCAAUUUGAAAGAAAAAAUAGCCAAAAUGGACUGCACAUGUAUAUAUGUAUGUGUGUAUGUAUGUAUGUAUGUAUGUAUGUAUGCAUGUAUGUAUGUGUGUAUGUAUGUGUGUAUGUAUGUAUGUAUGUGUGUAUGUAUGCAUGUAUGUAUGUAUGUAUGUGUGUAUGUGUGUAUGUAUGUAUAUCCAUUUAAAAAGAAUGGCAUUUGAUUUAAAUCAUUUGAAUCAACGUCAGAAAUGAUUCCAUUUUGUUAGGAAAAAAAACAUGUUACAUCUGCAUCUACAGAAGUCAUCAUUAAAGUAUAUGAGAAUUAUUCUACAUAAACCAUUUCAAAUGUUUCUUUCUAACAAAAUUGAACAAUUUCUGAUGCAGGUUCCAACAAAUGAAAUCAAGUUAGAAGUGGUUAGGGCGGAUUACGGUUAGAGACGGAUUAAUGCCAGAGUUAGAUUGCAUAGGAUAUUUAGCGUUAAGAGAAUUUAAAAUUUGAGAAGGGUUGAAAUUGCACUGCAAGGGGUAUUUUGCAUUUAUUUUUUGGGUACAAGUGUUUCGGAUUGUUGAGUUGAGAGUUAGAGUUGGGUUACAUUUAGUAUUGAGUACAUAGGGUGCUUAAUGUUUAAAUAAGUUAAACCUGGGAUUAAGGUAAAGCUUUUUUCAGGUUUAGGUUUAAAUUUAGGACUAAUGAAAGGGUUUGUUUUUUUGUUUUUGGAGUGGUUAAAUUGAGGUUUAGGGAAACAUUUGGUGAUUAUCAUACAGGUAUGUGGUGUACUCCCCAUGAUUGAUAUUAGAGCUGCAGGAGCUGUUAUACAGUGUGCAUCACUCAGGGCUGUCCCUGCUCCUUCUGCAAUAAUUUACUGUGUGAGAGGCUGCCAGUGGGCAGAUGGGAAGUGAUCCCUUCUACUUCUUGUCCAGCCUCACACACAGACACUGGAGGAGGUGGGACAGUUUUUUUUUACGCCCUCUAUAAGUAUUCCUGGAGAUCUGCUAUCAAGCAUAGGAGGCUGAAUGGACUCUGACCAAGGCUCCUGGUAUUUAAAUCUCCUUAACAGCCUACUUAAAGGACCACUAUAGUGCCAGGAAAACAUACUCUGGGCGGGGAGCUCUCCUCCUCCGAUCCUCCUCCUCUCCUCCCCGUCGGAUGAAUGCGCACGCGCAGCAAGAGCUGCGCGCGCAUUCAGCCGGUCUCAUAGGAAAGCAUUAUCAAUGCUUUCCUAUGGAUGCUUGUGUGCUCUCACUGUGAUUUUCACAGUGAGAAUCACGCAAGCACCUCUAGCGGCUGUCAAUGAGACAGCCGCUAGAGUCUUUGGGGGAAGGCUUAACCCAUUCAUAAACAUAGCAGUUUCUCUGAAACUACUAUGUUUAUAAAAUAAUGGGUUAAUCCUAGAAGGACCUGGCACCCAGACCACUUCAUUAAGCUGAAGUGGUCUGGGUGCCUAGAGUGGUCCUUUAAGUUUAAAAAAAUUCACAUUAUGAGUGUUUAAAACAGGUGCCCCGUACAGGAGAUGUGCAUGUGAACACUGUUCCAUUAAAUAUAUUAAUCUGUGAUGUUACUAGAGGCGUUCAAUGUAAGCAGGCCUUCAAUGACAUCAAAAUAUAUCACAGGCUUCCAACUUCAGGAAAAGCUGAACUAAAUUCGAGGAAUCAGGAGCUUAAUACUACUAAAUGCUAAAUUAUGCAUUUAGGACAUGCACAGAAAAACAUGAUAGACAAGCUUUUAAUUCUUCAUGGAAUCAUUUAAAUCCACAUACUUGGAAUCAAAUCAUUAAAUUGAUACCGAUAGGCAUAAAUAUCACUAAAAUUAUUAAGGGAUUCACCAAUAUUUAGGGUAUGGCCAAGGUUAUAUAACAAAUUUUGCAACAGACAAGAAAUUGAAAAACUAAUCAGGCGAUCAGCGAGGCAAAUUAAAUGAUUAAAGCGGUUCCGGAUUCAGAUACUUUACAAGCAGUCCCGUCCGUAUUAUUUCAGAUCUCAAAACAGUUAUCAGAGUCAUGGCUACUUUUUGCAGUGUACAGACAGGAACUUAAAGGACAACUGUUACUUCCAAACUAUUUCUAAUAUUAUAGUGUAUUUUCUUUAAUUAUUGAAAGGAAAUAUAUAUUUUUUAAUGAAGUAUAUGUAAAAGAAUAUGAAACACCCAUCCCUACCUUUCAUAUAUGAUAGGAUCCUUCAGCCAUAUACAUGUACCGUGGGUCAGAUGAAAGGAUUGUUAUAAUAAAAAAAAUUUCAGGUGACAGAUGUCUUUUAAAAGGACACUCCACUGGCCAAAUAUUUUUUUUAAAUAACUGUUUAGUAGAUAUUCCAUCAAUGAAAACAUGCAUACAUUUAAUUAUGCAAUUAAAAAACAGGUUGCAAAAACUGCAAUUCUCUUGUCCGCAAUCUUUGCAAACCCUUCCCUUCUAACUCCGCCCCAAACUUUCUGUGUCUGUCCAAUCAGAGACUUCCCAAUGCAGCUCAAUGAGAAGUCUUUGCAAGGCAGGUGCUCUGAGCAAUUGCUGCCUCUUGAGUUUAGCUCCACUAAGCUAACCAAACCAGGAAGUAUCAGGACCUGUCGUCUGUUUGAAAUGCAGGGGGUGUAACAAGGUUAAUUUAUAAAAAUGCCAAUUUAUGUUGAUAUCUCCACUUUUUGUAAAAUAAAAAAAGGCACUCUUCACACAUAAAGCCCUUCAGCAAGCUGAAGUGUUUUGAGGGUCUGGAGUGUUACUUUAACUGAUAGUGAACAGAUUUGUGUUGCCCUUAUUUACUUACAUCUCAUCUCACAAAUCUUGCACUUAAAAAGCCUCAUUCUCAUUCUACAGCAGCACAGAGCCCCUCCCUGACAAUGAAGUGGUUCCUCCUAUCAGUAGCCUUUCAUUUUGGUCUACGAAGCCUAUCAUGUCCCAUGACAUAUCCUGUCAAUCAGGGAUUUAUGGAAUAUGUAAUUUAACCAUAGUAGUAGGUACACUCAUUUUUACACAUAGUUAAUGGGAUGUAAACUAAAAACCUGAAUUUUACUUUUGUUGUCACUGUUUAUGACAUAAUCUUGAGACUGAUAUGCCAAGAAAGAUUACUGACAUAUGGCAUUUGUUCCUUUAAGCAUAUUCAGAGUGGACAUUGUGGCUGUAGUGGACAUGUGUAUUUCUUGUGUUAUAUUGUUAAUUUAAUUGUAUUGAGUAUCUGCUCGGUGCGGCCAAUGAGAGAUCCGUGGGAGCUGAGCUGAUGACAUGACCUCACCUAUACAGCCAUUUGCUAUCCUCUUAUAAAGCAAUUGGAUAUGGGGUGCUGUGAUGAGUACGUAGGCCUCGAUUUAAUAAGCUUUCCAAAGGAUUCUAUGGUGUUAGAAAAACACUCCAAACUAUUUCUCUACACCAUAGUCUUUAAUAGUGAUAUAUUGUGACGUUUUUCUAACAGUAUUGAAUCUUUUGGAAAGCCUAUUAAAUAGAGGUUCCUUACUCGGAAUACAUCUUUUAAAGGUAAAGGAACAGGGUUUGCUACAGAAACCUGCAAGACCUUUUUCUUUUGAUGUUUAAAUAUGAAUAAAAAUAUGGCAUGAGUCUGUUCUAAUGUUGUAUGUUUGCAAGCUCUGUAAAAUGUCUCCUUCAAUUUAUAAGAGUUACAAAAAAAAGAAAAUGAUGUAAAAGAAGGAGAAAAUAUUUGUACAUUCUGAUUUUAUUCUGUAAUUCCAGAUUACAAAUGCCCAACAGAUCAGAGCAAACAGCUGGAGGAAAUGUUGCCCCUUAUUCUGGGUAUAACCUUGGGACUGGCUAUCGUAAUUAUCCUCGCUGUGUAUCACAUUCAUCACAAGAUGACAGCUAACCAAGUUCAAAUUCCUCGGGACAGAUCUCUGUAUAAACACAUGGGAUAAACAGACUGAUUAAAUGCAGGGCACAUUAACUCAUCAGGUAGAUAAAACUAAUGCACUUUCCCUAUCAUCACGUCCGCUUCUCUGCCCAUGAUCCAUGUAUCAGAAAGUAUUUGUCCCAGCCAGAAUCUGAGGGCAUUUACACAUCAAUGCUAGUACUGUGCUUUAAACCAUAGUGUAGUUGCUGAGCUCAAUCCCUGUGCUACAAAACACAAUCUUUAAAUCUUUGGACUCCGGUAUUUUACUUACUGAUUUUAAAGAGAAAUUAUGUAAUAAAGCACAAUUAUUAUCCUGGAUGUUUGGAAAAAUAACAACAAAAAAUUAUAUAUAACAAAAACGCACAUUAGCAGUUGUUGACUUUUCAUGUAUGACAUAGAACCUAUGCAUGUGUAAUAUUUAUAUUACGAUAAAAAGAUAUUCAAAGAAUAUUAUAUUAUAAUAUAAUAUUAUAAUGUUAGGAUUUAGUAACUAUUUUAUAAGGACAAUUUAAAACAUCCAUAUUGUCAACAAUUUUUUCUACAAUAUGUAGGUACCAACUUAGCUAGGAUAUAAGUGUUAAUUAUUGCAGAAUAAAAUGGGCAGCUCUAUAAUGAUAGGGUAACCAAUAUUUCGGAAAUGGAAGUUGUUCCAUUCAGAAUAGCCAAGCAUGCUGCAUGAUUUAUUAUAGUGUAAUCCUGUACAUUAUCGACACAGUUUGAAAUAUGAAAUCUGAUUACUAUGCACACCUCUCCCUUUAUAAAUGGUACUUGAAUAAAAUUGAAGAACUGGAUCUGAGAAAUAAAAUAAAUGAAUUUUAAUUAUA